CAGUUAAACCCUACUCGCAUUCUUACCCGCCAAUUCCUUCUCCUUGACUCUGUACUUUCCCUUUUUCUCCAAUUGAGUAUCGCUGAAUUCAGAGAUUCUUCUCGAUACUUUAUGUUGUAACAGUUUUAUUUUAAGGGCACAGCAAGUGAGUCGGACAGAAUCUUCUUUGAAAUUAGAUUGGAUUCUGCGCUGUUUUUGUUUUGGGGUUUAUGUUAUUGAAAUGGCAAACGACGAGCUGGUUAAGCCUGAGAACUGUGAUUCCUCAUUUAGACAGGAUCAUUUCACGGGAAUUCGACACAACUAUGAACUGUUUCCUAGUCAUGACUACACUUCCGGUUUCGAACAGCUACUCGACAUCAACCUCCAGAUUGGUGUCUCCUCCUAUCAGGAAAAUGAGGUUUGGAACCAUUUCCAGGAACACAAAGUUAUGGCUAUUCAAGACUCGAGGAUUAAUCAUAACAACGAUGAAACGAACCAAGCCUUUGGUUUAGAUGGAAACCAAAAUGAUGACUUUCUCUCUUUUCCUGAUGAUGAUGACUCUGGAACUUCUGAGAUCGAUAAAUCAACUGUAGUCGAAGCCAAGGGAGCGAGCCAGAAGCAAGAAUCUCAAGAGAUCAGUGAUGACUUAGAGUUAGGGGUGAGUCACAGCAUGGACUUUUCUCGAAAACCAGAGAAGGCUCCUCCUAGCCCUCAGUGUUGGUCUAUACCUGGUGCAGGUCCUGAGCAUGAAAUGGCUGUUGGUAUGGAAUUUUCUGAUGUCAACGCUUGUAGAAGAGCACUUAGAAAUGCAGCUAUUUCCCUACGUUUUGAGAUGCACACGAUUAAAUCUGACAAGACUCGCUUCACUGCAAAGUGUAUGGGCGAGGGUUGCCCAUGGAGGAUUCACUGCGCCAAGCUUCCUAAUGUGCCAACUUUUACAAUCAGGACUAUUCACGGGAGCCACACUUGUGGUGGGAUCUCUCAUCUUGGUCAUCAACAAGCUUCCGUUCAGUGGGUUGCCGAGGUUGUGGCAGAAAAGCUGAAAGAAAAUCCGCAUUUCAAACCAAAGGAGAUACUAGAGGAAAUUCACCGAGUUCAUGGAAUUGCACUGUCUUACAAGCAAGCAUGGAGAGGGAAAGAGCGUAUAAUGGCUACUCUCCAUGGGUCUUUUGAAGAAGAAUAUCGACUUCUUCCUCAAUAUUGUGAUGAAAUCAGAAGGACAAACCCCGGGAGCAUCGCUGUGGUCCAUGCAGAUCCGACCGAUGAGCGCUUUCAACAGUUGUUUAUUUGUUUCCGAGCAUCAAUCUCUGGUUUCUUAAAUGCUUGCCGGCCUCUUAUUGCACUGGACAAGACUUUGUUAAAGAGCAAAUAUCCGGGGACAUUGCUGCUUGCCACUGGAUUUGAUGGAGAUGGAGCUGUAUUACCUUUGGCAUUCGCUAUUGUUAAUGAAGAAAAUGAUAGUAACUGGCAUCAAUUUCUCUCGGAGCUUCGUAAGGUUCUUGAAGCUAACUCUGAGAGUAUGCCAAAGCUUACCAUAUUGUCCACUAGAGAGAAAUCCAUUGCUGAUGGGGUAGAGUCUAAUUUCCCAACAGCGACUCAUGGCUUUUGUGUCCACUACCUCACAGAACGGUUCCAAAGAGAAUUCCAAAACUCAACUCUUGUGAACCUUCUUUGGGAGGCUGCACAUUCUCUCACCGUCCUCGAGUUCACAUCAAAAAUGAACAAGAUCGAACAGAUAUCCCCCAAGGCUUUUUUAUGGAUCCAAGACUAUUCUCCUUCUCUUUGGGCGUCGCCAUACUUUGAGGGAACAAGGUAUGGACAUUUAACCGCAAAUGUUGUUACCCAGUCACUGAACAAUUGGAUAGAAGAUGCCUCUGGUCUUCCUAUAAUCCAAAUGAUGGAGUGUAUCCACCGCCACUUGAUGAAUUUGUUCAAAGAACGCCGUGAAAAGAGCUCGCAGUGGUCUGAUGUGCUCGUUCCUUCUGCUGAGAGACAAUUGCUUGCUGCGAUAGAGCAAUCUCGUGUUCACCGAGUUUACAGAGCAAACGAAGCGGAAUUCGAAGUCAUGACUCUUGAAGCAAAUGUCGUUGUGGAUAUCGAAAACCGUACUUGUUUGUGUGGCCGGUGGCAGAUUUACGGUUUGCCGUGUAGCCACGCCGUUGCAGCUCUCCUGUCUUGCAAAGAGGACGUUUACGUGUACACAGAGAAGUGUUUCACAGUGGAGAAUUACAGAAGAACUUAUGCAGACACUGUAGAGCCAGUUUCAGACGAGGUCGUGUGGAAAGAAAAAGAUUCAGAGAGAGAUGAUGGAAUAAGAACACCAAGGGUUAUAAGAGUUGCUCCGAGGAGGAGGAGAGUUAGAGCAGAGGAUCGUGGUCGUGUGAAGCGUGUGGUUCACUGUAGUCUGUGUAAUCAAACGGGACAUUUCAGAACAACUUGCACUGCUGCUCCUAUGUAAUACUAAUUAUUUAGUCUUUUUCGUCUUUUUCUUCUAGGUUUUAGGAAAUUCUUUUGGUAUGCCCUAAUUCUAAUUACAAUUUAUGACUUUAGGUGAAAUGAAUGUAGCAUAUUCUUUUUCUUUACAUCU